CCCCCGGGGCUGUCCGUCCGGUCGGUCGGGGCCGCCGCUCGCCGCUCGCGGGGAGGGAUCUGCGCCCGGCGAGCGCUUCACCCGGUGCCAUCCGGUGCCCCAGACUUCGUGUGUCUUUUCAGCUGCCCGCUCAAAAGUUGUUGUAGGAAGUCGUGAAAGUUUCCGCCAUCAACUCUGGCGCGGGCGCCACCCGGUGACACCCCUCCUACUUCAGCACCGUGCCCUAGGGGUUCACACUAGAUUUCCCGCUCUGCUCCGGGUCGUGUGCAGUCGGAAUACUGUUAUGGGUUCAUAGAUGUGAUGGCACCAAGAAGAAAAGAGAAAUACAAGCUUCCGGUUCCACUCCCAGAAGGCAAAGUUCUGGAUGAUAUGGAUGGAAACCAGUGGGCACUGGGCAAGAUGAUCGGCUCUGGAGGGUUUGGAUUGAUAUACUUAGCUUUUCCCACAAAUAAACCAAGUAAAGAUGCAAGACAUGUAAUAAAAGUGGAAUAUCAAGAGAAUGGCCCAUUAUUUUCAGAACUUAAAUUUUAUCAGAGAGCAGCAAAAAGAGAAUAUAUUCAAAAGUGGAUAGAACAGAGAAAACUUGAUUAUUUAGGAGUUCCUCUAUUUUAUGGAUUUGGUCUGACUGAUUUUAAAGGAAGAAGUUACAGAUUCAUGAUAAUGGAACGACUGGGAAUAGAUUUACAGAAGCUCUCAGACCAGAAUGGUGUUUUUAAAAAAUCGACUGUCCUGCAACUUGGAAUCAGGGUGCUGGACAUACUGGAAUAUAUACAUGAAAAUGAAUAUGUUCAUGGUGAUAUAAAAGCAGCAAACCUACUGUUGGGCUACACAAAUCCAAAUCGGGUUUAUCUUGCAGACUAUGGACUUUGCUACAGAUACUGUCCCAAUGGGAACCACAAACAGUAUCAGGAAAAUCCCAGGAAGGGCCAUAAUGGAACAAUAGAGUUUACAAGCUUGGAUGCCCACAGAGGAGUAGCCCCUUCCAGAAGAAGCGACGUUGAGAUCCUUGGUUACUGCAUGCUGCGCUGGCUAUGUGGGAAGCUACCUUGGGACACAAACCUGGAGGACCCUGUGGCUGUCCAGACUGCUAAAACCAAUCUGCUGGAUGAACUCCCAGAGUCGGUGCUUACGUGGGCUCCUCCUGGAAGUAGUUGCUGUAAGUUGGAUGAUAAGCCCUCUGUAGAUGUCAUAGUUUUCAUUUCAUUACAUAUUGUUACUCCAUACCAACAGGUGGAUUCUCCAAAGGUUACAGCGAAAGCAGCCAGUGAGUUGCCAGUUGAGUUCACCAAGAAAGUCUGCAGAGGUCCAUGGGCAGCAGGGAGCAAGGGGCGUGAAGAGGGCCAGCCCCGAGCCCUGCCCAGCAGAGCAGCAGCGCUGGAAAACUCAAGGAGAAGAAAUAUAUACGAGUAUUCAGAUUUUCAGAGUGAAAUGCACAGUCUUCAGCAGACACCCAGCUAUAUGGGUUUGCAAACUUCAUAUUGUAAGCCCUAUCCGGAUUGCACCAGUAGAGAUACAAUCAGGAAGCCAAGGUCUCCAGUUCAGUACAGAUAUACUUCCACCGGUGAUAUGGGUGUCACAGACUUGGAACGUCCUCCAGGACUUUGGCCUGCAGUUUUCCAGUUGACUCUCAGUGACGAGAUGAAGGCAGAGGUGUACUACUACGGACUCACUAUAGUUUUCCUGCUGAUAUUAGUUUGUCUCGCUUUGUAUCUUCUCUGAUGUCAAAUAAAUCAGUUGUUUUCUUUAUAA